AGGGAUAAAGUUUGUGAAAUAGCUAAUAUGAAUAUAGUAACAACUCUACAUUAUAAUGUUAAUCCUGAUACUGAUUUAAUUCUUCAUGAUGAUAAUAAUUUGAAUGAAGAAAAUCAAAUUAAAAUUAAUACAAUUGGAGAAUAUAUUGCAACAAUUAAAGCCACUUGUUCUUAUAAUAAUUAUAUAUGCAAAAGAAAACCAAUUAUUCAAUACUAUAAUAUUUUAAGAAGUGAAAAUCAAGAUAAAAAUACUUCUAAUGAAGAAUAUAUUAUUCAAAAAACUUCUUUAAAAAAUAAAAUAGAAAUUAUGAAACCUUUUAUUAGUUGUGAUAAAUGGCAUCCAGAUAAAAAAAUCAUCGA